UCCCUGGGUGUUCCGCACGCGGAGGCCGAAGCUCCCCCAGGCCCGAGGGGUCUGCAGGGUCCGGCUGGGCGUCCCCGUCCCCGGCGGCCACCGUCGGGUCUCGGCCCCUUUAAGGACGCCGGCGCGGCUGCAGUCUCGGUUGCUCGCGCCCGCCCGAGCCGCCGGCGGAGCGAACAUGGCCCUGACGGCGCGCGCGGUGCGGGGGCUGUGUCCGGGCCUGGGUGCCCUGGCCGGGAGGCCGGCCGGCCGCCGCUGGGCCCCGCUGCUCGCCGAGCGCCGCGCCGGUCUCGCGGGCGCCUCUGGCCCCGCCGCCGGCCCGGGCUGGGGGCGCUCGCGGCUGCUGGGGGCGGCGGCGCUGGCCCUCGGGGGCGGCCUGGGGCUGUACCACACGGUGCGCUGGCGGCUGCGCCAGGCGGACGUGCUCGCCGAGCGCUCGGCCGUGCAGCUCUCCCUGUCCGGCCGCCUGCAGCUCACGCUCUACCAGUACAAGACGUGCCCUUUCUGCAGCAAAGUCCGGGCCUUCCUGGACUUCCAUGCCCUGCCCUACCAGGUGGUGGAGGUGAAUCCCGUGCGCCGCGCCGAGAUCAAGUUCUCCGCUUACAGGAAGGUGCCCAUCCUGGUGGCGCAGGAAGGGGAUAGCUCGCAACAACUGAACGACUCCUCUGUCAUCAUCAGCGCCCUCAAGACCUACCUGGUGUCGGGGCAGCCGCUGGAAGAGGUGGUCACCUACUACCCGCCCAUGAAGGCCGUCAACGAGCAGGGCCGCGAGGUGACCGAGUUCUGUAACAAGUACUGGCUCAUGCUGGAGGAGGAGGAGGCGCGGAGGCUGUACGGAGGGAAGGAGGCCCGCACAGAGGAGAUGAAGUGGCGACAAUGGGCCGACGACUGGCUGGUGCACCUCAUCUCCCCCAACGUGUACCGCACGCCCUCUGAGGCCCUGGCCUCCUUCGACUACAUUGUCCGGGAGGGCAAGUUUGGGGCCGUGGAGGGCGCCAUGGCCAAGUACGUGGGGGCAGCUGCCAUGUACCUCAUCAGCAAACGCCUGAAGAGCAGGCACCACCUCCAGGAUGACGUACGGGAGGACCUCUAUGCUGCCGCCAACAAGUGGGUAGCCGCUGUGGGCCUGGAGCGGCCCUUCAUGGGGGGCCAGAGGCCGAACCUCGCCGACCUGGCGGUGUACGGCGUGCUGCGGGUCAUGGAAGGGCUGGAGGCCUUCGAGGACCUGAUGCGGCACACUCACAUCGGGCCCUGGUACCUGCGGGUGGAAAAGGCCAUUGCCGAGGCGCCCCACGUGCACUGAUGGCUUCC